GUUAAUGUUGGAAAGCAGAAGAGCGCGCGCUUACGGCCGCAGAUGACUCCUUCCGCUCUAACAUUUCACUUAAUUGCCUAAUAGUAUUGCCGGCUGAAUUCUGUUUACAUUCAGACACUUUGACUUCAAGCAGGCUGAUUGAAGAUGUGAUGACAGCAUCAUAGCAGCUCAUUAUGAUGCUGCCUCCUCCUAAAUGGGCAGAAGAGCGCCACUCGGACUCUGGCGGAUUUUAUUACUGACAAUUACGCCUAAUUUGGACCAAAUGACUGGCAGGCCUGUUGUAACCCCAACUCUCCCGCGGCACAGGCUGCAUCACUUGAUUAAAAUAUUAUAAAUUAUGCGAGAAGCCGUUUUGUGGAAAUCCAAUAAAACUGGCCUCAACUUUAAAAAAAAAAAACAUAAAAGAUUGAAAAUCUUUUUUUCCAUGGAGGUAAAACCACUGAAGCAAGGAGAUUCUCCUCUGGAUUAUCAAAUGACAGACAGUGUGGUCACAGGUGCGCCGUUUAUCUGAAAUCACUUUACGUUUUCCACCGGCUUUGAACGCGCCCGGACCAAUCAGAGCGCAGCAAGCAAGCUCUCACAGAUCCCUCCUGCGCGUCCAGAACCGCAAUUGGCUGACGGGAAAUUAACUGAUUCAGUCCGCCACUAUCAAUGAAUAAAAACCUACUUGUUGAAAAUAUGCUCUCCCACCGAAAUCCAUGUUACACGGGAGGUUGUGUCAUUCACUAAUUCUACCGAGGGGACCGCGUCCGGCCGACCUGGGAGUACCGGACGGAGCAGGCGCGCAUUCAUGCACGUGAAAGACAGAAACGCAUCGACAGAAACCAAGUAAAACAAACCUGACAAACAUGAGUAUGAACUACCCUCCGGCGGCGAGCACGCACAGGUCAACGUCGUUCUUCAUUGAGGAUAUUUUGUUGCACAAACCCAAGCCGCUCAGAGACGUGAUGCCGUCGCCCUUUUGCGCCUCUCUGGCUUCCCGGAUGCCCGUUCUGGAGUACGGAUACCCCCUGAUGCCGACCCCGAUCCUGGCCGCUCACCCGCAUCCCCUGCACAAGUCUGAGCAUCACCAGUAUUUUUUUACAUCAGGAAUGCAGAUGCCCGCUCUCUUCCAGCACCACGCAGACCUGCCGGGGAAACACUGCAGACGCAGGAAGGCUCGGACAGUGUUCUCCGACUCGCAGCUCUCCGGCCUGGAGAAGCGCUUCGAGAUCCAGCGGUAUCUGUCCACGCCGGAGAGGGUGGAGCUGGCCACGGCGCUCAGCCUGUCCGAGACGCAGGUAAAAACGUGGUUCCAGAACAGACGGAUGAAGCACAAGAAGCAGCUGAGGAAAGCGCAGGACGACCGGAAGACCCCCGGGGACGCGGAGCGCGCGGCGGAGAGCUGCGGAGAGCCCGACAGGACCGGCGAGCAGCUCCCGCACGGCCUGGAGCCGGACUCCUACAUGCGGGACGAGAACGAUGAAGACGUGGACAUCGAGGACGACGUUUGCUCCCCGGAUCAUCUACUAUAGCAGGCGGCUGAGCUGCUGUCUGUUAUUUGUUUUUCUUCAACACAUAUGGCAAUUUUCCCUUUCAAAAGGUAGUGAGAGUAAAUAGUUCAAAUGACUAUUACUUCUUUGCUGAGGACGGAAGAGGCUGUGCGUAAAGAUGAUCCAUAAAUGUGCGUCUUUCAGCGCGCGAAUAACAUCAAACUUUUCCAAAACCCAAAUUUCUCUGCAUAUAAUUUUGUUUUCCUUCCAAAUUGAUCACGGUAAAAUUUACAUUAUUUGAUUUUACUAUAAUUUGCUACGUUUGAAUAUUUUUGGAUAAACUGGAAAUUUUACGCUCAUAUUUAUUAACUUUAAUAUGUUUGUUUUUGCAAAUGCUAUUAAAACGGUUCAUAAAUGUGAAAAAGUGAGGCUCAGAUAGGAACUCUAAUUGCAAUUUUUGCCCAGUUUCCGUUCAGCUCGAGCGCAUGAUUUUCUGCUCCUUUUUAGUUCUUUGCGCAAAAACGAACAGGAGUUUUUUCCGCCGUCUGCAGCGCUCACAUGUUUAAAAAGUGUUUUGAGUCUUUGGCAUCUGAAAUUUACAUUUUAAAGAAUUUAACUUUAAUUAAUAUUUUUUUAAGAAUUAAAAAAACAAAUACAUAAUAAUUAUUAAUUAAAAUGUGCGUAUCAUAUUAUUUUUAUUUAUUAUGUCUUUUUUUCAAUUUUAUUAUCAUUUGUAGUAUUUAUUUGUCUUAUUUACACAUGCUCUGUAAAUUAAUGCAAAAUUCAGUCGUUGACUGGUUGGACAGACGCUUUUUGAAACUGGGCCUCACUUUUUCAGGCCAAAUAUGAUCCGUUUAAAAUCCAAAUAUUCAAACUCUCAAAUGUUCAGCAAAAGAAACGAUCAAAUACAGUUGUUUAUCUUUGGUAAAGGCUUGUUUGUUUAAAAAAAAUGAAAAAAGUAAGGAUAAAACUGUUUGUUAUCAUGGUGUGCCCACAAAAGGAAAAAAAAUAAGUUAUAUUCUUAAGACUGAAAUAAAAGCUGUACAGUUACAAGCAACAUAUUUGACCUUAUAACGCUUCCUCAAGCUUUAAGACACUGAACGCUUCAAGUGCAAUAUAUGCAUCUAUUUAGUUUCGGCAUGUUUGAGUAGAAAAUGUUUAAUUUCUCUCUAAAGCCAUGCUACAGCCUACAUGCAAAAACAAAAGUAACAUUUGAAACCAUGUAAUUAAUACUUCAGUAAGGUGUGUGAACACGAGUUUCUGUAUUUGCAAGGCUUCUUAGAGAAAAAAUAUGACAACGUUUGCUUCUCACAGCUGUUUAGUCAUGAACAAUUUUCUAUUAAUGAAGCCCCACAAAAACUGUAAAUAGACUUAAAGCUUUAUUUUGUAAUUUUCUUGGUUUGAGUCCUUUAUGGGACUUUAAAUUAUGUUGGAUGUUAAUUGAAGUCAUGUAAUGAGGAAGUGGAUCCCGGUUUAUACAGUCAUUUGAGGGUUUCUAUAAUGAAAACAGUCAGCACUCCCAACACAAAAAGUCUCGUUAACUUUUUUGUAAAUUCUGUUAACAAGCUCUGUGGUGUUUGCUCUAUACCGAGGAGUGACGAGAAAAUGAUCAAGUGUUGAUACGAUUUCUUGACCAAUGAAACGUGUUAAAGGGAUGUUAAAGAUUUGUAACAUAGUGUCUGGUUCUAGUAUAUCAUGCAAACUAAUUAAGUAUCUUAACCAAUUUUUAUCUUGAUUUGUCAUUUGUUUUAAUAAAAUGUCUAUCUUCA